GACAUGGCGACUUGGUGGUGUCCUUCAGAACAGUUCCCAACCCGUCCGCAACGUGAACACAACUGUCGAGUACCAGGUUGUACGUUAUGCAACUAUCGACAAUAUGACACCAGUGAAAAGAAAGACUAUGCCCAAAUUCCUUGUUCCAUGCUCAUGAGAAUGGUCACUGGUCGACCAGAGCGUGAUGAAGGGUGGAUCGAGUUUGACAACCUUGACUUCAUGGAUGUUGUAGAUGACUCUGAAGAAAAAGCUACUGCUGAAGGGCAGCUAAACGAUGAGUUCGGUAUCAAUGUACGUGACUACAAGCUGAUUAACUACUGGGAGGAACCUGAUUUUCAAGAUGAUUGCCCACAGUCUCCAACUCGGAUUCAAGAUCGUCAGAUGAUGGCACGUCCUGAACGAUGUCCCUUAUGUGGUGAGGUCAUAAUACAUCAGCAUGUACCAUAUUCUGAGAAAGGCUGUUUCUGUCACGUUUUGCCUGGUGAAGAGUGUAUGUGUGGGCAUUGUAUCUACAUGAGAAAUCGCAGUCAUCCUGAGAAGUUACAAGAAUACCUUGACGAAAGAAAGUGCUGGGAAGAGGAAAAGAAGAAAAAGACACCUUCUCAAGAAUCUCUUCAUAAGAAAAUUGCUGAACGCUACGAACAGCAUCUGUUCAACAAAUACUUUUUAAAACAAAACCAGCCGUCUCCUGACGAUACGAUCAAUAGUUCCGUGGAGGUUCUCGAACAAACACUUGCAUUAGAAGCGUCCCUCAACGCCUCUCUCAAUUCCCUGUUCGACCCCAACUCCUCAGUUAGGCUGUUGCCUCUUUACGAAACACUGCCACCAAGAAGUGGAUAUUCAACCGUGCCAGGAGAGCAGCUUGAUGGUCAACUGCGCAAUCAAGCUAGAAGGCUUUCCGCUGUAAACGAAGAAAUCAACCAACGUGGAAGAAGUGUGUCUAAUGAUAUUGGACCUAGUAGUAGUGGUGCCCCCAACGAAGAAGUUAUAGAGCGAGUCGUUAAACAAAAGAUUGAUAGAGUUAAAAAGGUCGUUUCGGCUACGGGAGUCAUUAAGAAGUUAAGCAAAUCUUUGCUAAACAAAAAGAAAUCGGCUCCACCUGCCGAUGAUCUGAAUUCAACUGUAGUUUCAGCUGCCAACCAAUCACAUGUGUCAUUUGCUCCCAAUAGUUCGCUCUCUUCUUCUAACCGAUCUGGUAACUCAUCAUUGUACACAUCCGCUUUAGAAGAUCAAGAUGAACCUUACGUCACUGCUAAUGAAACCCUGGACGAUAUGUCAAUCCUUGAGGCCCUAGAAGCAGCCCAUCAAUCUCUCGUAGCCCAAAUGAACGAUAAUUCUGAACUUGCCAGGGCAGUCAUGGAUCUCUGUCAGGCUGAGGAUAUAGUGACGAAUUUGAGUUUAAGUGGCGGCUUCGAUCCUGAAAUUGUCAAUCAACGACGGAGGCACAUGGCAAACUUACGAAAAGCAACAGUGGCGAGUCAUUCUAACCCAGAGACGAGCUUCCAAACUUAUCCUGAAAUGAAUUCCACUCGACCAAGUUUCUUGAGAUUUGGUCCUGGACGAAACGCCUGCAGAGACAUCUCAGGGGACCGAACAAUGAACGACUCUGCUUUCCCUGGACCUGGUCCUGAUGCUCAGCGUACAAGACCCUCAACGGACAGCUGGAUGCAAAAUACAAGCGUUGGAUCCAACAGAAGUGCCAGAUCGAAUGCCAGCAUGAGAUCCAACAGAAGUGUCAGAUCUAGGGUCAGCAUGAGAUCGAACCGAGGUGCAGACCGUUCUCUCAACCGAAGUGCACACAAUCAGUCUACUAGAUCACAGGGGCUGAACGCAAGUGUUAAUAGUAUGAACAGUUCGUUUGACCCGGCAGCCAUGCACAGACAAAUCAGGCAGCAGCUGAGAGACGUGCUCCACAAUUCACAACAAGUUCUGAACCACACCCUGAACACAUCCCAAGCUGCUGGAAACACGAGUGGGAGAAGCAAUGUCUCCGCACAACCCUCCGCACCAUCCCGGCCCACCUCACUAAGCAUGACGUCAUCUUCAUUACCAGAUGAGUCAAUACUGGACCCUGCACUUGUCCAGUUCCAGGAGACAAAUAAUUCCUCACUCGCCGACAACUCACUAAGUCAAUUAUCACAACCAUUUUCUCGUCAGAACCGUCACUACCAAACCAACUCAGCCAGCUCUCCCACAGCUGGUCCUGAACGUUAUUUACGCUUUAGGACCUAUAUGGCACAACAGGGUCUUGAUAUGACGGUUAUAGAGGCCACAACGCCUGGAGCAACAACCGGAACCCCUGGAGCGGCUGGCAACACGACCGCUCAGAGUUUGAGACAACCAGCUAACCCGAAGAACAACACUAUAAACAUGAGUACAGGUAAUGGUCUUAACAGGAUGUUCCCGAACGAGUCGAGGUUAAACCCCAGAAGCAACACCCUCAAUAGAAGCACUGUCAGUGCUAUAAAUGGAAUGUUCCAGAACUCUCACAACGGUACCAUGAACACAACAGCCAGUUCUCUGCACCAAUCUGCACUGAGCAACAACAGUUCACUCCACCAAUCUGCUCUGAGCAACAACAGUUCACUCCACCAAUCUGCUCUGAGCAACAACAGUUCACUCCACCAAUCUGCUCUUAAUGACACGACUCUGACCAACCUGGACGAUAUCAGCUACAUGGGUGACAUUCCUGUUCCCCGGCAACUAUCCAUACAAUCCUCGGUCCGAGAACUCAGGCAAGCUCUCGAGGGAUCCGUUAUCGAGACAUUUGUCCGGCUUUAUCCGAUCGAAAACAACAAGGACGACACUCUCCAACCAGCUCAUCAAGUUGAACAAUGCUGCAGGAGCUCCCAGAAGACCUGCAACUCCUCCAACGGAUCUGGCAUUGUUAUAGAGAUCAACGCAAAUCCUACUUUUGUGAAUAACCCCAGCUCUUCCAAUGGUGAUGGUGUUUUGCUGGCCCAGAUUGAGUCGAUGAUAAUGGCACGUCAGAAAGAGUUUGAGAGGCAUAUAGAAGCACUUUGCUUGAGCAAGCUUGACGCUGCUAUAGCUGGCAGAAACCAUUGAGAACCCAACUGGCAUGUUUUAGAAAAUUUCUUUUAUUUAGUAAUUAGUAUAUUUAGUGGAGACAUCGACAAUUUUUAAGACACCAUUUCUGACAUUUUGUAAAAAGAUUUUCCCCGUUUGUAAAAUACAUCCAGAUGUAUUGUCGAGAUUUUAAUAAAGCUUGUAAUUUAUAUAACAUUUACAUCAUUAUUUUGAUGAAUUUUAUGAUUUUAUUAAAUGACGGAAAACAUUAUACCAUUUGUAUUGCAAACUGAUAGUAAUAAUUUUAAAACUUAAAACUCCAACUACUUGCUCAGUAUUUACCUGUAGCUGUCUUUUGUCUGCUUUGAUGUUAAAGAAUAUCCCUUUUUGUCAACACAGCAUAAUACUGCAUAGUUUACUAAUUUUGAAUUGUGACUAAAGUUUGCUUAUUAUAUUGUCAUUUUUCUGUGUCGUCAGGUUAUAUAUCAAAUGCCUAGCGUGUUUAUUGUUUAACAAUCUUAAUCCAGGUUUUAUGUUUAUAUGAGCAAUAAACUUGGCUGAGUGAGCUUCUGAGUAAGCUAACAUACUUGUGAAUCUACCUCCGCACUCGGAGAAUAGAAUGGAUCCAGCCAGAGGAAGACCUAAGACUGAAGAAGAGAAGAUGAGGGCUCAGAGGAGGCAGGAGGAGGCAGCAUUCUGGGUUUCAGAUAAUGUUACCAUGGGCAUGUUGCCGAGCGAGAUGAUCGCAAAUGAGGGCGGUGAUCCAAGCUCUAAUUUCAUGAACGAUGAAGAUUUUAACAGAGACAUGUUGUCCGUUUCAAGUCAGUCUGAUUCUGAAAUAGACAACACAAGACGUCUUGGAGAACUUUUAAGUAGACCCGAACAAGAACAAAAGCAACCAGAAGCAGCUAUGAGGUCUAAUUUGCCUUUGCGGGGGAGACCAUUGCCGCAUCAACAAUAUCAACAAUAUCAAAAUCCUAACUGCAGUCAGACAGCUUUUUACGGAACACCACGGCGGUACGUGAUCAAUAGUAAUGGAGUCGGACCCAACCGAUAUGUGAUCAAUAAUCAUGAGCUAGGAGGAAACCAUUACAAACUCAAGUUACCUGGCUUCUCGGAGGAUCUAGAUGUAAAAAUUGGUGCGCGUCCACAUUUUGCAAAUAACGCAUCCCAAGUUGUUGAAAAGAUCGACUCUAUGCUUCGACAACAGCAUGAAAAUCUCGAACGCCAUGUUAUGGAAGUUUUCGAUCGGGAGCUUAACAGGAUUUAGCUUAGUUUCCACUACAGUGGCAAGGAAACGGGUUAAGUAUUUCUGUAGGCAUUAUUAAAUUUAUUAAUUUGCCUUUUAUUACAGUUGAAGCAUUGAGAUUUAAGGAGUAAAUUAUCAUCGCGAUGAACGAUUCAUGGCCUCGUAAUUUAAUCCAUUUGCAUAUUAUAUAUAAGAUUUUAGAGAACAUCAUAAUUUGAGUGCCUUUCGUGUUUUAAAAUCUUAUCAAUGUUUUUUAAAUUUUAUUUUUAAACAGUCAAGUCGGCAAUUAUCGAGUA